GUGCGUUCUGGAAGUUUCUGUAGAACAUAGUGGAAAGUCAAAGUGUACAAAUUUCUGCAUUUUUGAUAAUAUUUCGCUAAACAAAGACUUCUAGUUGAUAAAGUGCUCAAAUUUGAGUCCGGGGGUGUAUGAUUGAAAUAAUUCGUCUUUUAAGGUAAAAAAAGGUGUACAGUUUGCUGCACAUGAAGCACAAAAGACCGUUAGUUACAUAAAAUCAGGAAAUUAGUGCGAUCCCAUUGAGUAGCUGAUUAUUUAUAGGAAAGGAAUCCAAACAACAACAAUCCAUGUAAUGAAUUAUAUUUCUUCAUUUAAUUCGUACAAUAAGGCUUGUAGUAUUACCUAUAGUAUGAAGUAAAUAUAUUCAGUGCUCAAAAUGAAGAUCGACAGGUCUCGUGUACGUAAAAGUACAUCGGAAGUUCCCUUGGAGUGUCAGGAACUCAUAGAUAGAUUGCAGCAAUGCUCCCGUACAGAGUUAUUAGAGGAGCUGUCAAAGAUUCAGUCCUGGACAUUUGGCAAAUGUGAACUACUGCAUUGGGCCCAAAUACUGGAUGUGUUUGAUCGGAUUUUAGGACAGGCAGCGGAAAGGAAUGAUGAAAACAAAUGGGUACUCGAAUGUGAUACAUAUGAUGAACAGGAAUUUAAACUAUUAAUAAACAUACUACGAUUCACAAGUUUAUUAAUUGAACACUCAUUUUCUCGACACUUGUAUAAUUCCAUGGAACACUUGAUAGUUCUACUUGGAUCUAGUGAUAUGUCCGUCGUCAUCGAAGUCUUAAAUCUGCUAUAUAUGUUUUCCAAACGCAGUAAUUUUCUUACUCGUUUAAAGCCAGAUGAAAAAGAGUCCUUAUUACCAAGAUUGCAAUAUUUGUCAGAGAAUUGGGGUGGCAAAGAUACUGGUUUUGGAUUAGCAGAUUGCUGCAGACUUGACAAGGAAAUUCCUCAUUCUGCCACAACAUUACAUGUUGAGUUUCACAAAGAUGACUACGACUAUGACACAAAAUCAACCAAACCAACAUUACAGAUUAUACAUAUAGAACAUAUAGAUAAAUUGAGAUUGUCUCCUGCCGAAAUAAUGAAGCAACUUGUAUCAAUGUACUACAUACCCCGCGAAAAAGAGAUGUGGUUGUUCACACAUGUGAGGUUGGCUAUCCACUUUGGUCAGUAUAAACGUAGACUAAAGAGUGUCCAAGCUAAACUACAGGCAUUAUCCAUAUUAGUAUAUUCGAAUGCCAUUGCAGAAUCUUCCCCAAAUCUAUUGCAUAAUAGUCUUCUAGAAGAAUUGGUGGAAGUUGUGGAACUACAAGACCCGCUAUUAACUGAUAUUAGGUGUGCAGCUUUACGCACUCUUACUGCUAUUAUUCACUUAGAUCGAAAUCCAAGUGUUCCCAAUCGAAGACCAGGAACACGAUUGAAUAACAUUAUAGAUGUAACUGGAGCAAGCCAGUAUCAUGGAUUUUUGCCAGUCUUGGUUAGAAAUUGUAUUUCCUCACUUACAGACCAAUUUGAUCUCCAAGGCACUGAAAAGUACAGCCAAUUUCCAGUGAGUUUAACAACAGCCUUGUUUUCUUUUUUAUAUCACCUCGCCAGUUAUGAAUCAGGAGGUGAAGCUUUAGUAUCCUGUGGAAUGAUGGAAUCUCUAUUACAAGUAAUAAAUUGGCAAGGAUUUGCAUUAGAUCAUAUAACAUUUGUAACACGUGCUGUACGCGUAAUUGAUUUGAUUACUAAUAUUGAUAUGGCAGCAUUUCAAACUCAUGGAGGUUUACAUAGUUUCAUAAACAGAUUAGAUAAUGAAGUUACCUACUGCCUACCACACCAGCAUUACCAAAUUCAACACAACACUACUAUUGAACACGAUGAAAGUGCACCUAGCACUUCUAGAGCGCCAGAUAAAGGAGAGACUCUUUGUGUGGAUAUAGUACAUCUUCCAGAAAAUGAGGGCAAAAUCUGUCUUCCACAAAGGGCAGCUUUACUAAAAUCCAUGUUGAACUUUCUUAAAAAAGCGUUCCAAGACUCCACAUUUGCUGAAAGCAUUAGGCAUCUUAUGGAAGGUACUUUACCUGAUUCACUUAAAAAUAUUAUUGCCAAUGCAGAAUAUUAUGGUCCAUCCCUAUUUCUACUUGCUACUGAUGUAGUCACUGUAUAUGUAUAUCAAGAGCCAGCAUUACUUUCUGCUUUACAAGACAAUGGACUAACUGACAUUGUACUGCACUCCCUAUUAGUAAAGGAUGUACCUGCAACUAGAGAAGUUCUAGGCUCUCUUCCAAAUGUAUUCAGUGCAUUAUGUUUAAAUACGAGAGGACUAGAAGCCUUUGCGAAGCUUAAACCAUUUGAAAAACUUUCUAGCAUAUUAGUAUCGCCAAAAUAUUUGCCAGCUAUGAGAAGAAGACGCAGCUCUGAACCAACAGCUGAUACAGCUUGCAAUUUGGGCAAUGCCAUGGACGAACUAAUGCGACAUCAACCUAGCUUAAGACAAGACGCUACUAGGGCUAUAAUGCUUUUAUUGAAUGAUUUAAUCCAAUUGGGAACUGAUCCUAAUAAUAUUUGUUGCAAAGGACAUAAUAAAUCAGAAAUAUCAGCAUCUGUUUCAUCUAGAAGUAAUAAUGCAAGUAAUGAAGGUUCUUCGGAUGAAGAAGAAGAGGAUGAAGAUGAAACAUCAACAUCAUCUCAAAAUCACUCUGAGACUCAAACUCAAGUUAAUAGCGAGAGAACACCUAUUGCUUUAGUAGAUUAUAUCCUCAAUACCAUGAAAUUUAUAGAUGCAAUUUUAAGUAAUAACUCCACUGAUGACCAUUGCAAAGAAUUUGUAAGCAGAGGAGGAAUUUAUCCUUUAUUAAAAGUUCUUGGAUUGCCCAACUUACCAGUUGAUUAUCCCACGACAGUACCAGCACAAGCAGUAGCUUCUGUCUGCAAGAGUAUAUUGAAUUUGUCACACGAACCUUAUUUAUUCUCUCAAGGACUUGAUCAACUGUCUCUUGUAUUAAAUACUCUUAAGCCAUUGUGUGCAAAACAAGAAGUUGCUGGUGGCUCUAAACUGCUACUAGAACUAGCGAAGGCUCCAGAUCUGGAGACUGCUUUUAGUACAUAUAAAUCUACUCCCCUAUUACAUGCUAUGGGGGCUGUCCAUGGAUAUGUCAUAAUGUUUGUCCACAUUUGUCGAACUGGUCAAACUGAAAUAAGAAAUCUAUCUUUACAACAUUGGGGCUCUGAAAAUGGACGAAAAGUUUUAAAAGGAUUGGCUGAUUUGUAUACAUCAUUAGUUUGGGAAAGCACCCUUCUAUUGGCCUACUGCAGUGACGAUUUGCUACCAUCUGGUUGUGAUGUUACCAAAGAAGACAUCGGGAAACUGAAUGCAUUCUUCGAAAAGUGUGAAGGUAGUCCACCUUCAGAUGCAUCUUCAGCUCCCCUAGAUAUUUUUGUGGCUAAUCCAAUAACGAUGGACAUAGAUCCAGAGUCAAGCGCUUUUAAUAAGUCACAACGUAACUUCAGAUAUAUUAAACCUCUAUUGGGUGCAUCAUCCAGGUUGGGUAGAGCUUUAGCAGAACUAUUUGGGUUACUUGUAAAACUUUGUGUUGGCUCUCCCAUCCGCCAAAGGAGAGGUCAGAAUAUAGUAGCAGCUCCUCCCAUGCCAUCUAUGUUUGCAAGGAAUGUUGCUUCAGAGUUAAAUCUGCUUUUAGCAGAGGGUUUAGAUUGUGACAGGCUCCCACCAUGUCCAUCAGUGAAAUGCAGACUUACAUUUUUGAUUUGUAGUGUUGGUUUUACUGGUCCAAUGCUAUUUGAUGAAAGAAGAUACCCUUACCAUUUAAUGCUUAAAAAAUUUGUGACGUUGGGAGGACAAGAAACAUUUUUUAAUGCAUUUACAUGGGCUGUAACAACAGGCAAUGCUACAACCGUUGCUGAAAUUCAAUACUCAGCGCUACCAGAAGGAACAAUUGGAUUUUUGGAUGCUUGGCUAACACUUCUUGAAAAAAUGGUCAAUCCCAAAGCUAUAUUGGAAUCUCCUCAUGUUGUUUCGAGUCGUCCUGGACAAAAUUUUAAUUUUGAUCCAUUAAAAUAUUUACAACAAGUUCAUAAAUUAGCGUUUGAAAGUAUAAUGAUACUCUGGGGUAAACCUGUACCCUCAUAUUGUUCAAGAAUAACAGAGACUACAUUGACCAUAUUAAGACAUAUUUUCCGAGGGGAAAGAAUCAUCAAGGAAAAGAUGAAAGGCGAUGAGAAUAAAAGUGAAGCAUCUACUAGCUCCUCUAGCGGCCCUGAAUUAGGCAGUGCACUUAGGAAUGUAAUCAGGGUCAGAAAUUUGGAUGAUGAAUUACAACAUCUUAUGGAUAUGGGUUUUUCUAGAGAACAUGCAACUCAAUCUUUGAUACAUUCACAUAACUUGGAGCAGGCAACAGAUUACUUGCUCUCUAAUCCCCUUCACUUAUCUAGAGCUGGUGCUACUGGUCAAAUGGAUGUAGAGACUGACGAUGAACAAAUGUUACAAGCUAUUGCCAUGUCUUUGGGAUGUAGCAGUUCUGCAUCGCCGGAUACUAAAAAAGAUACCAAAACUGAUUUAAAAGAUCUCAAAAAGGAAGAAAGUCCUGCUGCACGUCAGUCUUCCUUUGAAUCCAUGCUAAAUGAUUUUACUCAAGAUGCAUUUGAUAUAUGCUUAAAUCUGCUUGACUCGCUUCCAGAAACUGUUCACAAAGUAUGUGAGCUUUUAGUUACUUUGAUGAAAAGAAAUGGGCGUAGUUAUAGAGAUAUGGUCCUAAUGGCACUUGUUGUGAAGAUUCAAACUUGUGUCACAUAUAUUUACUCCUGCGCAUUUGAAAAUAAAUCAACGAUAAUGACUUACUAUGUUUUAACUGACUCUGAGCUAGCAGCAAAAUUAACAAACUAUGUUCAUCUGUUCAUAUUACUAUUCGAAGUACCAUCAUAUUAUGACAUGAAACUACCAUGUUUUAAUGCCAUUAAUGCUGGUGAGGUAGUCGAACAUAUUAUAGAGUUAGUUUGCAGUACAGUUGGAAUGUUGUCCACAUUGCAAAAGAUGGAGGAACCCAAAUGGCUUGCUCCAUGUUUAUUACUAUUAGACGCAGUUUCGAAAGUUGCAACAUCUACAACAAGGAAAUAUUACAUGCAUAGAACAACUACUCGUAUUUGGAGAUGGUAUGAUGUAGUUACAGGGAAGUGGACACGCUAUUCUAUAAAUAAUAAUCAACUAAUAAAUGAAGCAUACUGGAGUGGAGAACAAUUCGUAAAAGUUACUUGUGGUAGAAAAAGGUAUACAAUUUCAUUUUGUAAUAUGUUACAAAUGAAUGAUGAGACCGGAAAUAGUAGACCAAUUUCAAUGAUUCCUGCCACAUUGACACAUCCAACUUGCAGUAAUAUUCACGGACCAGACAUACCUAGACCAUUGCAUAUAUCACUCAAUGACAAAGAAGAAAAAAGAUGUUCUCUUGUCGCAGAUCUUAGCCAGAAGCAAAAACAUCAAAUUAUUAUAGCGUGUGUGAAAUUAUUACAUCUUCCAGUAGAAAAGAAUCUUUUGCAUUCGAUUUUACAAAUCUGUGUAAGAUAUACCAGAGACUUUGCGCUUGCUACACUCUUUGUAAAAGAAGGAGGUGUAAAAUGUUUGUUAAAAAUGAGACAAAUCACAGAUUUUGGAGGUUUUGGUAUAUUAGCUACAAUUUUGAUUAGACAUGCAUUAGAAGAGCCAAAUACGUUAAAAUAUGCUAUUGAAAAGGUAAUUAGAGCACGCACCUUAGCCACAAUUCCUCCCCCUUAUAAAGACUUGAUCUAUUUAUCAAGACAAGUCGGUGGAGCUGUUACUCGCUCUCCGCAGUCAUUUUUCCAGGUAGCAACAACUAUUUUAAGGAUUGACACAGUUGCUGCUAAAGGCGAAGAUCCAGAAAAUGUGAUUCCUUUAAGAGUCGAGCCACCAUCUCGAAUGAAAGCACCACCAUUAGAGGAGCCUGUGUCCAUAGAAGUUAUCUCUGAUUUAUUAGAUGCCUUAUUAAAACCUCUAGAAGACGAUAAAGGUAUGGACACAAGUGAUGAUUCAUCAGAAGAUUCAAAUCCGUUUGUUUCUCUUGCAGAAAUUUUAAGAAGACAUGAAACUGAAAAUGCUGAAACCAGCACAAGUGAAAAUACUUCCACUAAAAAAAAUGAAAGUGCUGUUCCUAAGAAACGAAUGUUACCAAAGUCGGUUAUCCUGAAGAUAUUAGCAGACGCUGUAGUAUCAUUUGGCCCAAUUGCAAAACUCAUCACUGAUUAUAAAUACAAACCUGAUGAAUCUGGAACCAUAACUGAAGAGACAUCUGCACUAGCUUUCAUUUUUGAUAAAAUCUUAUCAGUAGCAGAUAAUUUUUCUGAUUUGGAUUGUGCUGCUAUGGGAAGAAUGCUAGUUGCAGCUUUAGCUUCUUCUAAUCAUUCACCAGAAGCUCAAAUUACUUUAGUCUCUGAGGUAAAAGUUGCUCUAACCAGAGCAUUAUCUUUACCAGAGUCUUAUCAGAAACAUAAUCAGGUUCAAUGUAUUUGUGACAUUAUCUCCAAUAUGAUCGACAAUUGUCCUUUGCCUCAUGCUAGUAGGUGGACAAAUUGCAGUAUUAGCAAUAUCGUUAAGCUUUUGAUGCGAAGGGGAAUAUUUAAUGAUUUAGCCAAGAUUACACACUAUUUAGAUUUGUCAUCACCAAACACUGCAUUUACUGCAAAUUUGGCAUUAAAACCUUUAGAAUCUCUAUCAAGAAUUAUUAAUCAGCCUGCUGCUGCUAAUAACAGUAAAUCAAGAAAAAAUCAACCAACAGCUGAUGAGAAUCACAUUGCUCAAAGUGGUACUUCUACUGAGGGUGCUAAUGCCCAUGGAGAGGAGAUAGAAGAUUCUGAAAACACAGAGCAUGACCCGUCUAGUCUUGACAACACCACUAGUUCCGGCGAACUCGAAAAUGCACUUGAAGAAAUGAUGGAACACAUUUUAGACCAAAGAAGCAAUGACACCAAUCAAGAAUACAAUAGCGUUCCAACUAGCAGAGGCAACAUGGAUAUUGAUGAAGGAGAAGCAACCGAGGAACUAAUGAGCACAGAUUCUGGUGAAUCAGAUUCCAAUCCAUCAGAUCAAGUAGACGACGAGGGUAAUGAUGAUAACGAGGCCGACGAUGAGAAUAUUGAAGAUGGAGAAGAGAAUGAGGAAAAUAAUUAUGAUGAGGAUGAUACUAAUGAUAGAGGUAGAAGGGGUUCUGCUAAUGAAGGUGGUCCAGGAAUAUUCAGAAUCCGUAGUGCAGCUACAGAUGAAGAUAUUUUAAUGAUCCAUUACAACACUGACGACUCAACUUCCCCUAGAAUGAUUCGUUGGAAUGAGACCGGUAGCUUUGCGAUGCCCUUCUUAGAAGAUAAUACUUCUUCCGAACCUACUGCUAUUACUCAUCCCUUAUUAAUAUCUCGAAUUCCGGAGAAUAAUCAAAGCACAGCUAGUAGAAAUCAGAGAGCUAAUCGCCCCAGAAGAUAUCAGUAUCUAUUUAACCCCAGAAAUCCAAACCCACCAGUGAUUUUACAAAGUAUCCGUAGGCUAUUUAGACCACAUGAUCCUCAUGUUGGACCUAGUGACAAUAUAUUGGGUGCUCCAGACAGUCGAGAAGCUGCUAGGGUAGUAGUUAUGGAUAACUUCGGUAUCAUUCCUUCCAAUGAAGAGCAAAUUGAUUUUGUUGAUCAAUCUGGCUUUCUCUUUGGGCCUAGUUUGGCAGCAACUUUGAGUCACAUACCGCCUGUUUUACACUGGUGGAAUAUUGAAUCUAAGUUACUCGAUUUGGAGUCUGUAUAUGAUUGUACGACAUACUCAUGCAAUAGGCUUAUCCCUGAUUUGAUAAAAUAUAGAAAUGAAGAGUUACGGAGUAAGAAAGAAAAAGAGGAAGAAUUAUCUAAAAAGCGCAAGCGAACCACAACUGAUCAAGAUCAAGAUGAGUAUAGUGGUGAAACUGUAUUAUUUAAUUAUGAUGAGGCUAAUACUACUGCUUCCAGAGAACAAAAUAAAGAGGAUGAUGCUGAUGCUGAAGCUUAUGAUCCAGCUAUGCCCGUUCCAGCAAAUGAAGAAGAUCUGGAUGGUAUUCCUAUCGAAAUAUCAGAUACAUCUAGUGAAAGAGACGGCCACACUCAUAAUGACGAUAUGAUCCAUUGCUGUCCAUUGCAACUAAGUUUUGCUAGUUCUGGAGAUGAAAAUUCUCAAAACAAUCUUUCUGAAACAACCCAUACUGCUGUACAGACAACAGAUACAUCAGAUAAUAUAACACAAAAUACAGAUGACUCCAACAGUAGAACCGAAUCAGAAACAAGGGCAGAAAGUGAUUCUUCUAAUCCGUUUGAGCUCUCUCUUCCAUAUAGAUGUAACAUCAUAUUUGCUAGGCCUAUAUCUACUGUAUCUACUGAAAGAGGAGGUGAUGAUACUAGUGCAAUACGUGAAGUUAUGACAAACUCUCUUUUGCAAGAUUCGAGCCUCUUUAGAUAUGAAGAAACUUAUGUAUUUGAUGAGCCAAUUGGUCAGCAAAUGGAUACAGUAUCUGACCAAUCUGUUGCAGAUCAAGUAAAUAGAUCAGGAGGUACUAAUACAGGAAGUGGAAGAGAUACUGACACAAGAGGUCGCGACAUAAGAGAUGGAAGUCAUGAUGUCAGAGAUAGAGGUCGUGAGAUUAGAGGUAGAGAUCAUGACAGGAGAGAAAGACAGACUAGAGGUAGAGAUGACGAUCGUGAAAUAAGAGAAAUUCAACGUGAAAACCUCGAACGACAAGAACGGGAAUUAAGAGAAAGAGGAGAGCGCGAAUUAAGAGAAAGAGUAGACCGUGAAUUUAGGGAAAGCCUUCGGCGUCUAAACAGACAGCGAGAAGAACGAUUAAUGAGAGAAAGAGAAACAGAACGUUUAAUGAGAGAAGAACGUGAAACCGAACGAUUAACAGAACGAUUAAUUAGAGAAAGACAAGCGAUGACAAUGAGUGAAGAAGUUCGAAUAGCAAACAUUUAUCAAGCAGAACGACGCGCAAACCGAGAAAGAGAAUUACGCGAAUCGAGGGAAAGAGCAGAUCGUGAAUUUGGAGAAGCAGUACGACGCGAAAACCGAGCACAAGAAGAACGUGAAUUAAGAGAAAGAAUACAACGUGAAAACAGAGAACGAGAAAUACGCGUAUUAAGAGAGAGAGCUGAAAACGAAGAGGGUGAAACAGAAGGGACACGAGAUAGGGUAAUACGAUUAAGAGUUCGCGAACCUAUAGAUGGACCUGAUGAGUCUUCUGAGGAAGAUCAAGAACCAAGAACGAGCAAUGAACGCCAGACACACACUGCUACAGAAAAUAUCACCAAUACCGAAGCAAUUCAGUCUAGUUCCAGCAACACUGAAGCUGAACCAACAUUAGCUAGUGCUGCAGUUGUAGAAGCAUUAACCAGCGCGCAGGGUACAGAACCACCAGUUAUUGUAGCAAUAGCUCCUGGAGCAGCCGUUGUCUCUGCGGGGCCAAGUAAUGAUGAGGAAGAUGAUGAAGAAAUUCCGGAAGGAGUAGAUCCAUCAUUUUUGGAAGCAUUGCCACCCGAAAUGAGAAGAGAAGUUUUGGAACAACACCGCAUACUCUGUCUCCAACAGCGUAUUGCUGCUGCCACUGCUGCAGCUGAUGCUGCCGCGGCCGAAGCCGCAACUAGCAGCAAUGCUGCUGAGCAGCCACAAGGGGAAGCUGCAGCUGCUAGCGAGGAUAACAUAGUUAGUCCAGAAUUUUUAGCGGCUCUUCCACCAGCUUUACAGGAAGAGGUUUUAACACAUCAACGAUUGGAACAGCAACGUCAAGCUGCGGCUAGGGCCAAUCCAAAUGAACCUGUCGAUGCUGGAGCCUUCUUUGAAACAUUACAGCCGUCCCUUCGAACUAUGAUAUUGUCUGAUAUGGAAGACUCUCAAAUGUCUGCUUUACCACCAGAUUUGGCAGCAGAAGCGCAAAAUUUACGCAGGGAUUGGUAUGCUAGGAAUAGGCAAAUGGCACAAGAGAGAUUCUUACAAAACAGUUUGGGUUCAAUUUAUAGACAUUCUAGAGGAAGACAAACCUACAGACCCAAUAACUUCCAAAGAGGAUGGACUCAAUGGAGUAGAGACUUUAUAAGUCAUUCAAUGUCUUCUACUUCUCCCAUGAAAAUUAGAGGACGUCAGUUAUUAGACCCUGAGGGUUUAGCCUGCAUAUUGGUUUUAUUGUUUAUGGAUGAUUCCAACUUGAAUAAAUUAAGACUGCAUAGGGUAAUAAGAAAUUUGUGUUAUCAUACUCCGACCCGAGAAUGGAUCAUCAACGCUCUACUCUCGAUAAUAGAAAAAAGUGUCAAUAUACAACCAGAUGAGAACUUAAAUACACAAACCAGAAAAGGACCAAGACCUGGGCCACUAAGUAGCAAAUUGGUUACAGAUGCCAAACACUUACAAAAUGGAAGUAACUGGUUAACAAUAAGAAUGGAAGCAGCUUUGGGAUGUGCAGCUAACGUCUUCAUUGUUAAUAAAACUGUUGGAAAGAAAUGUGAUAAAAUAAGUGGAUCUUCAAUGAUAAGUAUCCAUCCUCAAGCAGCUCCCAUAGUUUGCAGAAACACUUUGGAUCUCUUUACAACUCUAGCCAAAACGUAUCCAUCAUGUUUGCUACCAAUUAAAUCGAUCAGAGAUGAUAGUGACAAGUCUUGUGUAACCCCAAUUCGAGUUAGACCUGAAUCAUUUCCUGAAUUCUGGGAUAUUCUUCUUCGUUUAGAUUCAGCUACCAAAAAGGGAAAGAGCAUCCAAAAGAACACUAUUCAUACUACUGUUAUAGAUAAUGAUGGUCCGAUCCACUUUGAACACACAGUUUUUGGAAAGUUACUAAAUAUGUUAUCAUCACCAGUAGUUAAUAAGAAUACACAGCUGACUGAUAAUCUGUUGAAGUUAUUGUCAGUUACCACUUCUGGAAUGCCUGAAUUAGUCAAACCUACUAAAACUAGUAAAGCAAAAGUCCAGUUAACUGACACUGUAAACAACCCGCCUACACAUGCGUUACGACUGGCUGUUAAUGUUAUAACUUACAAGAACUGUUCAGAAGAAGGCCUAGAGUUUAUAACUAAUUUACUACUUAACCUAGCCAAUUCUUCCGUGGAUAUGAGUUUCAUAAUAUUAAACCUUCUCUUAAAUGGUGCUAUAGAAAUUGGUAAUAUUGUGGAAGCUCAAAUCCAAUUCAUGCUUAAGGAUCUUAAAGGUAUCAUACUACCUAAUUCGCAAAAGAGGAAACGUGAGGAGCCUGGAACCUCAACAUCAAAGGGAAUUAUUAAUAAUAGGUUCACUAAUGAACAGGUAGUAAUAACGGCCUCAUCUAAAGUAAAAGCAUCUUGUGAAUUGCAGCUACCUUCUAUGGUUCCCUUAACUUCCAAAUCGUCUAGUCAAGUAUUUUUCCUGCGAGUGCUAAGAGUCAUCGUUCAAAUCAGGAACUCUAUUAAGGAAAAUUUAAAAUCAGGACAAUUUUCAGCUGAGACCGCUACAUACGAACUACCAGCACUUAGUGAGCAAUUAAAUAGUUUAACGAGUUUUUGGGAAACUUUAAGUCAGUGUCUUUCUGAAUUAGAGCAUGCUCCAGAUCAUCAUGCUGUUCUUGUUUUACAGCCUGCUGUUGAAGCAUUUUUCUUAGUCCAUUCUCCACAACAAGGCCCUAUUAAAUCGGAAGAGAAAGAUACCGCCAAAGAGACUGAAAUGGAAGAACACAGUGGAGAAUCAACCGAAUCACAAGGUAGUGUUCCAUCCACUUCAGAUGCUGCUGCACAAGCUACAGUUACUCCUGCUGAAGAAGAACAGCAGCCUUCGAGACCUGCUAGUGAAAUAAAUCUCUUGGAUUGGGAUAAAUAUUCCGAAACAUCAGGAAAAGCUAGCAUUACUCCCGAACAACAACAGUUCCUUACAUUUGCAGAUAAACAUCGCACAGUUCUUAACCAGAUUCUAAGACAAAGUACUGCUCACUUGGCUGAUGGUCCUUUUGCGGUUCUGGUUGAUCACACCAGAAUUUUAGAUUUUGAUAUUAAAAGGCGUUACUUCAGAACCGAGCUCGAAAGACUGGAUCAUGGAACACGAAGGGAAGAAACUGCUGUCCAUGUUAAGAGGGGAAAUAUCUUUGAAGAUUCGUUCCGAGAAUUGUUCAGAAAGAACCCUGAAGAUUGGAAGAACAGGUUCUACAUCGUUUUUGAAGAUGAAGAAGGUCAAGAUGCAGGUGGACUGUUACGUGAAUGGUAUGUUAUCAUUUCCAGAGAUAUCUUUAAUCCAAAUUAUGCAUUGUUCACUGUGUCCCCUGGUGACAGAGUAACCUAUAUGAUUAAUUCAUCGAGCCACUAUAACACUAACCAUCUGUGCUACUACAAAUUCGUUGGAAGAGUUAUUGCUAAAGCUAUAUAUGACAACAAACUUCUGGAGUGUUACUUUACUAGAUCGUUCUAUAAACAUAUUUUGGGCAUCCCAGUAAAAUAUACAGAUAUGGAAAGCGAAGACUAUAGUUUCUAUAGAGGUUUAGUAUACCUCAUGGAGAAUCAUGUGAAAAAUAUAGGUCUGGAACUGACAUUCAGUACUGAAAUCAGUGAAUUUGGAGUAACUGAGACUAGAGAUUUAAUACCAAAUGGGCGACACAUCCCCGUUACUGAAGAGAACAAAAUGGAAUAUGUUAGACUAGUAUGCCAAAUGAAGAUGACAGGAGCUAUAAAGCAACAACUCCAUUCCUUUUUAGAAGGUUUCUAUGAUAUAAUACCAAAGCGCUUAAUAUCCAUAUUUAAUGAACAGGAAUUAGAGUUGUUAAUUUCAGGAUUACCAAAUGUAGAUAUAGAUGAUUUGAAAGCCAAUACAGAAUAUCACAAAUACCAAACGAAUUCAUUGCAGAUUCAAUGGUUCUGGAGAGCUUUGAGGUCUUUUGAUCAAGCCGAUCGCGCCAAAUUUCUUCAGUUCGUCACUGGAACUUCAAAAGUUCCAUUACAGGGAUUCGGAGCAUUAGAAGGAAUGAAUGGAGUUCAAAAAUUCCAGAUUCACAGAGAUGAUAGGUCAACUGACCGAUUACCAUCAGCACAUACUUGCUUCAACCAAUUGGAUCUGCCGGUUUAUGAGACUUAUGACAAGUUAAGAGGAUACUUGUUGAAGGCCAUCCACGAGUGCUCCGAGGGUUUUGGCUUCGCUUAAAUAAUCCUUUGAUGUUUAAGACUGAUGUGUUAUUGCUGUUUAUAUAUAUAUCACCUAGAGUAGAUUUCUGUAAAUAAACGUAUUCUAUGUUAAGUGUACAGAUUUCGAAAGGUGUAAAAAAAGUUACUUUUAGUUUUCUAAUAUAUUCGCUUCAAAAUUUUAGUUAGUCAGUGGAUUAGUUUUUGAGUUUUAUACAAGUUUAUUUGUAAAUUUCAUAGAACGGCACAUGUAUUUUUGUAAAGGGCCUGAUGGCAAUUCGAGUGUGAUAACUGAAUUAGAUAUUCAGAUUUGAUAUUCAAAGUAUAUUUGUAUUCUUAAUUUAAGUAUCUUGUUAUUCUUAUAAUUAACUAAGCCAUCCUUUUAUAAAUGCGCUGUUACUCUUUGAAUACUUUUAGUGUCUCAUAAUCAUUCAAAUGUAGUCACCAUGUAUUUCAGAAUGUGAUUUAAAUAAUUAUAAUUAAAUGUUUUUAUCAAUGUC